AUGUAUGUUUAUAUAUGCACUGCCUCCACCCUGUACUGUGUGGUCGGCGCUGCAGCCACCAUUGCUGGUGACAUAGAAAUUGAGGAAGCCACUGUGGAAGUGCAACAGGAUGAUGAGGAUAUUUGUGUAGCUGAAGCUGUUGAUGAGGAUGUUUUUUGCAAUAAAAAGUCUAUGGCAGUGUGCGGGAAACAGGGGCUGCACAAUGUCAGGAUUUAUGGGGGAAACAACGCCAGCCCUGGCGAAUGGCCGUGGCACGCCACGCUGAGCUACAGGAAGAAGCCAUACUGCGGAGGGACCCUGAUCUCUGACAGGUGGCUGGUGACCGCUGCACACUGCUUUGACCCGUAAACCGUAGCUGUCAAAAAAGACCCCAAGCAAUGGGCCGUGCACCUGGGAUUCUCCAGAAUGGGGUUUGUCCCAGAGGAGAGCUCGGCCGUCACCGUGGUGCCUUCCAGGAUCUUGAUACAUGAGAACUACACCGACUACCUCCGUGGAAAUGACAUAGCCCUGGUGGAGCUGUCUCACCCAGUCAACAUCACGCGGUUCAUCUCCCCUGUCUGCCUGCCAGAGGCGGGGCACCGAUUCCACCUGCGCAGCACCUGCUAUGCAACCGGCCUCCAAGAUGUGCCCGAAGGGGUGCCAUUGGACAGUGAGAGGUACCUGGAGAAAGUGGCCCAAACACUUAUUGGCUGGAGAACAUGUAACUGCAUCUACAACACUCACAGUAGGCCAGAACAAUCCAAUCCAGCUAAGCUCGGCAUGUUGUGCAUAACGGAGAGUGAUGGGAAGAAGGGCCCCUGUGUGGGAGACUCUGGUGGCCCUGUGGUUUGCAAUGAGGAUGAAACCUGGUUCCUUGCUGGAGCAAUCAGUUUUUCCCAAGGGUGUCAUCUUCUGGACAGUCCUACUAUCCUCACUGCGGUGUCCUCCUACCUGGACUGGAUCAGCCGCUGGACGAACUCUACAGCAGCCUUUUCCCCCCAGACUAUUGUAGUCACGGACGAUGUGGACAACGACACCUGCAGCGACCUUCUCAGUAAUCAGACCUUAGGAUGUGGAAUCUCAGAAGCAGAUGUUUCUGGCACAAGAAGUCCUGGGCCUUGGCCGUGGCAAGUGGACCUCUGGAAAGAUGGGCAUAGGGCAUGCGGAGGGGCCCUUAUCUCAGCCUCCUGGGUGAUAACGGCUGCACAGUGCUUCUUGAGCCCCGAUUCUUCAGAGUCUCCAUCGGACUGGUCUGUAUCAGUGGCUACUGGGACGCCUGCGAUGCAGAACUUCACCGUGCAGGAGAUCAGUAUUCACGGCUCUUACAUCUCUUAUGAAGAAGGGAAUAACGUCGCCCUCGUUCGACUCUCCCAACCAGCACCAUUACGGCCAUACAUCCAACCAAUAUGCCUGCCCGAUUCCUCCCAUCUCAUGCCGUAUGCGGCUUCCUGCUGGCACACCGGUGAUGGGCAGGUAGAACCUCCCCGAGGGGUGAAGAUGGAGCUGAUUGGUGCGAACCAAUGCAACUGUAUCUACAGCCAACCCAAAUCUGCCAACCACAGCGUGUCCAUAUUGCCUGGCAUGAUAUGUGCGGCCAGACUGGAGGGGAAUGGCAGCCAGUGUCUGAACGAGCCCGGGGCACCGCUCGCGUGUAAGGAGAAUGGAACUUGGUUCCUGAUUGGUGUGCAAAGCUUUGGAGGAGAGUGUGAGAAAGAUGCAGACGCUGCACUCCCGGGAGUGUUCACUCAGCUGGCAAAGUAUGAAGACUGGAUAUCCAGGGAGACGCGGGAUGCUCUCUUCAUCCCACAGAUCUAUACCCCUCCUGCUGAGAUGGACACGGACAGAUGUUCAUACAACAGUCCAAGAGGUUGUGGGCACUCAGUCACGUCGCCAGGCUCCGGACCCGUUGGUGAUGCCACAGAGACAACAUGGCCCUGGCAGGUCAGUCUGCAGCUGUACGACACUCACAUCUGUUCUGGGGUCCUGAUCGCUGAAACCUGGUUCCUCACGGCAGCGCACUGUAUUCCCAGAUUCACGUCCAUCAGAGACUACACAGUCCUACUAAGCCGGCAGCUCCAGUAUGGUGAGAAUCCUCGAGAGAUGACUCGUACCAUCAAGAGGGUGGUGUACCACCCAGACUAUAAGGCGAAGACCGGAGAGAAUGACCUGGCACUGGUGGAGAUGGACUAUGGCACCACAUUCAGUGACUACAUCAUGCCCAUCUGCCUCCCCCCUGACCAGACCUUGCCUCCUGCCACCGGGUGUUGGGUCAGUGGAUGGGGGAGACUGUACCCCUCAGAAAGCAUCUCCUUCCUUCCUCCGCUGAGGCAUCUGAAGGUCUCUCUGCUGGAUGGAAAAAAUUGUGGUGGUCAAGGAAACGUUGCAGGGGGCAGCAGACAAGAGCAGCUUUGUGUGGCCGCUAAAAGUGACAACACGUUUUCCUGCUUGUUGGACUCCAGUGCCCCCCUUGUGUGUCAGACACGACCCGGAGGCCCCUGGUUCCUGUUUGGUGUUGGCAGCCAGAAGUCUCCGUCCGUGAGGAACGCAUGCCCUGGGAACUUCACCGCAGUCCUGCCCACAAUGUCCUGGAUCAGACAGGUGGUUCCCAGAAGUGACCUUAAAGACUUGCAGGGCAAUGAGACCAUCCCAGAUGCAGGACACAAUGGCACAACGACCGCUGGCACGACAACAGUGAGCACACCACUGCAGAACAGCACAACGAUAACACCACACAGUACCAAUACUACACACCCGGCCAGCAAUGUCCCACUUGGAGGAGAUCACAACCUCACCACCAAGGCAGGCCAUUCCUGCUUGGACCACAAUGGCGAGGAUGGAGUAACCUGUGUGGAGGACACAACAGCUGGUCCAUACAACAUCAUCUCAACCUCUUCUUCUAAAGGGUCAACAGAACAACCUGGUUCUACAGGUAACACGCCAACAACGAGGUCGGCAGGAGAAACCUUUAGAUGGAGCUGGCUUCUCCACAGCUUCCUAUCUAUCCUGUGCCUUGGCCUGUGCUGAUCCUUCAAAGGCCGGUUAUCCAUGCGGACGGAUAUCUGCUGCCCCAGCAGCUCCACAGGCACACAGUACCCUCAUUGAUCUAGAUUCAUCCGUUGGGAUUCCACCCAGAGAUUCCACCCAGUUAUUGGUGCAACUUGUACGAUUAUUAUAAUUUCCCUAACCACAGUUGCCUGGGAUCAGCCAAUAUCUGAACAUUGUUCUAAAGGCUCAGAGACAAAGCUGCUUUCCAGAGAAAGAGUAUAUUUCUUGUAUAACGCAACGUGUACCCUUUAUCAUGGAGGAUAUAUAUGUGUGCCACAUGUAUAUGUUUCAUAUAUGUUCUAAAUAUGUAAAAAAAAAUGUGAAGCGAUGCUUGAUCGAACGUAAGGGUGGAAAACGCUGUAUAUAGCUGGAUACACACCCUGCGACCAUGCAACCCAGGCGAUGCGGUGAUGCAACGAUACAUCACAUCCACCGUACAUACUAAAUGAUCCCAUGUACGCCGUCACGAUGUGUUGUUUCAUGCAACUUGUUAAAUCCACCGCGUCAUCACAAUCCAUCUUCUCAUCGUUCAGGGAAGAAUAAGUGGUCCUAGAUCCAGGGACAUAGUUACUAUGUCUAUCCUUCCUCUGCCU